AUGUCCGAACAGCAGGUAGGCUAAGAAUAAUUGGAUGUAACUGCCAUGAUGGAAGAUUUGUAUGAAAAACUAAUAUUAUUGAAUUAUGAAUAAAGUUAUGUGAAAUAAAAGUAAGUUUAAAUUCCAAUAACUAGAGGUGGGAAACCAUUGAAUAGAGCAUACUUUGUCAAUUAAACUAAUUCGAGUGAGUAAUUCGGCCAAUUUAAAACAUUGGUAAAAUGGCUGUUUUCUUAGAAUGAUGUGCAAACUGCUGAUUUUAAUAAGUUAGAUGACCCUGUAACAUUGUCCUAGAAUAUAUUAAAUGAAGUCAAAAAUAUGGGAAUAGAAGUCGACUUCCCCCCACUUAAAUUAAAAUAAGGGUUUGGGGAAUAUGUUGUUUAUGUGCUCUAGCAAUUGGCUACGAAAGCCAUCUAAAAAAAGAAGUUUCAGUUUAAGAAAGCAAAAAUAGAAUAACAAUCUUAGACUCGAUAAGAUGAAGAACCUGUUUAGGAAACUGGGAGUGUGUCAUCAGAUUCUGAUCCAGAAGUGGCGUCGGAUGAAGAACCAGAAGAUGUGUUUAAUGAAUAGGGAUUCUAAAAGGAUGAAGAGAGGAUGGUGAUAGAAUCUAAUGUGAAUCCAUAGGAAUGGGCCAAGGAAGUAGAGAGAGCUGCACAAAAGAUCAAGAUAGUAAUCAAACCGAAUGCUGGAGAGUGGAGAUAACAUUUUGAUGCAACUAAAUAAUAUUCAUCAUAAAUUAAAACAAUUCUACCGGAGGCAAGGGUUAAACUGGAAAGAUUGACUGAUGAAUUGUCUGAGAUUUUGGACAGGAUUAGUAAGAGAGAAUAUAAUAUUAAUGAAAAUAUGCAUGAUAUGGGGAGUGAAUACAAAAAGAAGAAUGAAGAAGUCAAGAGGAUUGAAUCUCAAUGCAAGAAUUAUACAAAUGCGAUCAAGGAAAUGGGAGAUCAAUACAAAUAAAUUUCGGAUAAGUAUGAGAUUGUACAAAACAAAUUAAAUGAACAUGGUAGUAUCUCUACUGAUUAAUCUCCUGUAAUCAGAAUCAAGGCAUCUAUAACUAAAUUAAGGUUAGAAAUUAAACAAAUGGAUCUCAGAAUUGGAGUAUUGUCACAUACCAUUCUACAAAGAACGUAUCAUGACUCUAAAGCUAUGUAAGAAAGAGAUUUUCAUGAAAAUGGACUUAUAUUAAACGAUUCAGACGAGUUAACAGAUUGAAAAAUAUAUAUAUAUAUAUAAUUAAUACACCAUAUAAAUUAAUU